AUGAUAGAGAUGGCUUCCAACGGAACUUCUGCCGACCCCACUGCCCCUCACGAGAUGGGCCCCGAGAACAACAACCAGCCGGGCCCUGCCACAGGAUCUUCCACAGGCACUACCCAUGACAACCCCGCCGCCCCCACUCACCAGGGGAUAUCCCAGGCUGAUAACGCAGGCGAUAUGGAGGAGCAGGAGAUGAAGAAGAUUCAGAACCUCCAUGCUAAGAUUCAGGAGGAGCGUAAGGCUCAGAUCGAGGAGAAGAAGCGUGAAGAGGCCAUUUAA